UACGUUUGUGUGUGUGUGUGCGCGCAAAACGCCAAAUCUACCUCAAAAAUGACCCGACAACACAUCUGCACAGGAAGCAGGUUGUUUUUAAUACUUUUAGUGGUUUCCUCGGUUGGCGUAAUGGAGACCAAAGCCAAAACCGGACCCAUACAUGGCAAGGUUGUGGUGUGCUAUAUAUCAACAUGGGCUGUUUACCGGCCUGGACAUGGUGCCUAUUCCCUAGAUAAUUUUGAUCCCAGCCUUUGUACCCAUGUGGUUUAUGCCUUUGCUGGUUUGGAUCCGGAGUUAUCGGCCAUAAAAUCAUUGGAUCCCUGGCAGGAUUUGAAGGAGGACUAUGGUAAAGGUGGCUACGAACGUUUAACCGGCAUGAAACGUACCCAUCCCCAUUUAAAGGUGACCCUGGCCAUUGGCGGAUGGAAUGAAGGUUCUAAAAAUUAUUCACGCAUGGUAGCCGAUCCAGUGGCUCGUGGUAAAUUCGUAAAACAGGUUACCUCAUUUAUAAGGCGUUAUAAUUUCGAUGGUCUCGAUUUGGAUUGGGAAUAUCCAACACAGCGUGAUGGUAAUCCAGCUGAUCGUGAAAAUUUUGUUUUACUUUGUAAAGAGUUGCGCGAACAAUUCCAACCGCAUAAUUUACUAUUGACCUCGGCCAUUGGUGCGGCGAAAAAUGUUAUCGAUCAGGCCUAUGAUGUUCGCCAGAUAUCGCGCUAUUUGGAUUUCUUGCAUAUUAUGUGUUACGAUUAUCACGGCAGUUGGGAUCGUAAAGUUGGUUACAAUGCGCCGCUGACAGCACCACAAGGCGAUGCACUGAGUGUGCAAUAUACCAUUGAUUACCUGCUGAAAUUGGGUGCUCCACCAGAAAAAAUUGUCAUGGGUGUUCCAUUCUAUGGUCGAACUUUCAAAACUCCAUUUGAUGGCAAUAUUGAUGAUGAUACCGAUGGUACUGCCUUCCAAGGGCCCUAUACCCGUGAAGACGGUUUCUUGGGUUACAACGAAAUAUGUCAAAUAUUGAAGAACAAAACGUCAGGUUGGACAACAAUGUGGGACCCUGAAACAUCGCAAGUGGUAGCCCGUUCCGAAAAGGAUGUCUUCAAUGGCCUGGUGCAAGUGGUGACUUUUGACAAUUCUCGUUCCAUUGCCAAUAAAGUAAGAUUUGCCAUGGAUCGCAAUUUGGCCGGCGUAAUGGUAUGGUCCAUUGACACCGAUGAUUUCCUCGGGGAGUGUGAAAUCGAAGAAGACAUCUAUGAAGAUUACCGGCAUUUGAAACACUCUGGCUUACGUCUACCCACCAGAUUGCACAACAAUUAUCCUUUGCUGCGAACCAUUAACGAGGCCAUGCCCUUGGCCAUUGAGGAAAUUAAAAAUAAACAUCAUCAUCACGAUGAUGAUCAUGACAUGCACGGUCAUGGCGGGGAUCAUGGACAUCGUAAUCACGACGAUGAUGCGGAUGGCGAUCAUGUGGAGGACAAUGAAAUUCCUCAUGGCAGUGUUGAGGAUCGCAAGGGAGAGAGUAAUUCCGCUCUGCGAAAAUUACAAAAUCCCUUUUUUGUUGCCGUUGUCUGGUGUUUGUUAUGCAUAGUUUUUAAUUAAUUAUUGUCAU